AUGGAAAACACACCAACAACAGCAACAACAACAGCAACAACAACCACACGGCCCUGGGACCCAACUGCCCCCUCCCUCCUCUGGGCCCACGAACUCCGCCGCGAAAACAUCCACCUCCUCAACCAACUCUCCACCACCCAAUCCGACCUCUCCAAAACAACACACGCUUUAUCUACCCUCCAACAAACCGUCUCCUCCCUGGAAAGGACAGUGCAGGACCUCUGCGCGCGAUCUGAAAACCACGCUGAAGCUAAGGCUGACGCUGAGGCUGACGCGCGCGUGGCACUGGAACGAAGAGUUACGGAGCUGGAAGGCGGUGUUAAUGCGCGGCUGGAUGAGUUGGGAGUGGUCGUUGAGGGGGCUCGGUGGGAGAAUAGGAGGUUGGAGGGUUUGGUUGAUGGGGUGAAAGGGGAGUGGGAGAGAAAGCUGGAGGGCGCUGUUGGGAUGGUUAGGGGAGAUAUGAGGGAUAUCGUGAGGGCGGAGGCCUGCAGGGUUGUGGAGGAGGUAGUGGGUAAGGCUAUGGAGGGGCUGCAGUGUGGUGGGAGUUGUAGGAGAGGUGCGGAUACGAACAUGGGCGACUUCUCUAACAAGGAUAUGGAUAUCGUGCCUGACUCGAUGCCUAGAGAGAGGCAGGUCGUGUCGUCGGGGCAGGAUCAUGAUACCUCUCUACAGACGCUUUCGCAGAGUACGCUUGGGAGUUCGAACUUUAGCGAUGCUGGAGAUCAGCCGUUCCAUGCUCGCAAUUAUCUUCAAAAGACGGAGCCGGAUCCAGAUGAAGCUGACUAUAGCAUGAUAAAGCAGGAUGGACGAAGUUUGUCGGAGUACUUCUCGUUGACGGAGGCUGGUCGGGGUCAAUUGCCGCCUAGGAAGAGGGAGGGUAGGAUUGUGGAGGCGUUUGUGGCUGGGCUUGAUGAUGUGGAUGUUAGGGGAUGUCUGGAGAAGCGGUUGGAUGAGGAGGGGUGGAUGUGGGGUGUUGUGACGACGGUUGUGCAGGGUAUUGUUAAAGAACGCGAGGCUUCUCGACAGACGAAGCGGUCUAAUUAUAAGAGCAAGAAACGGAGGUGCAUUCCCAUCGUGCCAGUGGAUGAGGAGGAUCUCUUGUACAACUAA